GCCGGAGCCGCGCCGCCCCGCAGACCUCGCUGGGCAGCUCCGGGGAGGCGCAGCCAAGGGUUAACGGCGCCGAGCCGAGCGGCCCCUCGCACAGCAGGCCCGCAGCGCCGCGGCCCCCCGCCCCUUUCCCCUGGCCCCGCCGACACCGCAGCCUCGGCCUCCGCCCGGUGCCGCCGCUGCCACCUCCUCGGCCUCCGCCCGCCGACACGCACAUGGCCCCGGCCCCGAAAGCUCAUAGGAAGUACCUUCCAGGACGCUGACCAAAGACAGGACUGCAAGCAGGAGCUGGAGACAGAAAGUCAAGUGGAGCUGGCUUUUGGAAAGAGACAGGGGAUGGUAACGCCCUGUGAGAUGGAAGUCUGGGAGUGUGAGAAUAGUGGCAGAGCCCACAUCAGCAAGGUCAUCUUUGCUGGGGACGAGCCAGACCCACCCAUCUACAGGAACAGUGCCAUUUGGAUUCAGCAGAUGGGAGAGAAAACCUACGAGUGUCCUGAGUGCAGGAAGAGCUUCAGCCGGAGCUCGUAUCUGAGCCAGCACCAAAGGAUCCACCUGGCAGAAAAGCCCUUCAGCUGCUCUGAGUGUGGGAAGAGUUUCACCCGCAACUCGGACCUCAUCAAGCACCAGCGGAUCCACACCGGUGAGAAGCCCUACCAGUGCAACGAGUGCGACAAGACCUUCAGCCAGAGGUCCAACGUGAUCAGGCACCAGCGGACCCACACGGGGGAGAGACACUACCAGUGCAGUGAGUGUGGGAAGAGCUUCAGCCAGAACUCUCACCUUGUCGUCCACCAGCGAAGCCACAAGGGUGAGAAACCCUUCAGUUGCCCUAAGUGUGAGAAAAGCUUCAGCGACCGCUCCUCCCUGAUCAUCCACCGGAGAGUUCACACUGGAGAGAAGCCCCACAAGUGCCAGGAAUGUGGGAAGCAUUUCCGGGACAGCUCAGCCAUCAUCCGGCAUCAGAGGAUCCACACAGGAGAGAAGCCCUACGAGUGCAGCCGGUGCGGGAAGAGCUUCCGGCAGAGCUCCUCGCUGGUCACCCACAUGCGAACGCACACGGGUGAGAGGCCCUACAAGUGCCCCGUCUGCGGGAAGGGCUUCAGCCAGAGCUCGGCGCUCACCACUCACCGCCGCAUCCACGGGGGAAAGGCCUUGCCCCGCUGCCGCGGUGGCCUUCUGUCCAGCCCCUACCAGUGUGCUGAGUGCGGCCGGAGGUGCAGCGACCGCUCCGCUCUCACCAAGCACCAGAGCGGGCACGCCAAGGAGCGGCCUCACAUCUGCGUGGAGUGCGGGGACAGCUUCCGACGCAGCUCGGCUCUCAACGUGCACCUGAGGAUCCACCGCGGGGAGCGACCCUACAAGUGUGAGGAGUGCGCAAAAACAUUCAGGCACAGCUCAGCCCUCGGUGCCCACCUGAGGAUCCAUGCAGGAGCCAAGCCCUGUGAGUGCAGCGAGUGUGGGAGGCACUUCUGGAACAGCUCGAUGCUCACGGCCCAUCUGAAAAUCCACACAGCCCGGCAGCACUACCAGUGUGCUGUGGGGAGGAGAACACUCAGCUCCCUCUCACUGCUGCCACAGGGCUGGAACAGCUGUGCACAGCAGGAAAACAAAAGCAGUGUUCAGGGGAAGCUGGAAGAAGUGAGUGAUGAGAGCUAUGGUGGGAAGAGGCUAGGUUGGAAACUCUAGCGUCAGGGUUGGGUGCUGAACCCCAGCAGCACAAAAAAACAUUAGGAGACCUGGAAAGAGAGGGCUGACCCUAAGAGCCAAGUGCUGGGGGGUUAGGACAUGUGCUGAAAGCCUGAGGAACAGGCACCAUUGAGGACUGUGGUAGAAUAACAGCUCAGAGAGAACGAGGCUUGUAAACUUCACAGCUAAAGCCAGUGUCAAAACAAGAAGUUCCAGGUUGGUUCUGACUCAAACCUUUGUCUCAUUAGGCACUGUGGUAGUCUAAGGAACUCUCUUCGUGUCACUUUCCCUUAUUUUUCAUGAAUGUAGUGAGUUUACUCAGUGUUUGACAAGGUGUUGACAAAUCUUUUGAGCCUAGGAGUUUGGAACUAGAUGGUCUAUGAGGUCCCUUCCAACCUAAACCAUUCUAUGAUUAAUCUGUUUGUAUUUUCUUCCUCCUUCCUAAGUCUUAAAUGUGACAAUAAAUUCCUCCUUCUGCCUGCAAAGCCUGAGUGACAUCAUAGCUGGGUAAUGCCUUGGCUGUUCCCAGAAAACAUGGAAGUGCAGGCAAUUCCAGUGGGAAUGCUG